ACCGGUAGUGUUCAUUCGUCAGCACCUGCUGGUCCUUCAGCUUCCCUGAAGACCGGUAGUGUUCACUCGUCGGCACCUGCUGGUCACCUCAGCCAGUUAACUCCUCAAAAUCCCUCGGGCCGUCUUUCAGAACAAGAAGUAAGUCGGCAGAGGGAUCCUGCGGGUGAAGCGGUCACCCCCGACACGUGGUCCGGGGGAGCACCCAGGGAGGUGUUUGGCAUGAAACACGGUCUGUCCCCUACGUUAUCUGCGACAGAACGCCAACCUUGGGGACAUUCACGAUCUGAGAGCUCCUCGGCGAAGAGAAGAAGAAAGUCUGAGAUCUCAGAUUCGUCCCCGACAGGAAGACUAAAGAAGAGAUGCCGUGGGAAACCCGGCGUGUCACAGGAGUGGCUCCUCACGUCGGGGGACCGCCUGCACUUCGGGCCUGGGGCUGCCGCCCAGGCUCCUGGCUGCGGCGUGUCCUCGUACGACGAUUACUUUUCACCUGACAACCUCAAGGAGAGGAGCUCGGACGGUCUUCUCCCCGGGUGUCAGUUGUCAGCGGGCCCUGCUCUCUUCAUCUGCAGAGGCCUCUCUCGGGGGGAGAGAAGGAACAUACUGCAGACGUCUGACUUCUCCUGCAUUGGGAAGAAUCCCAGCCCAGCCCCCACGAGCGAUUUAACGGCACAAAGUCACCGCAGUCUUGAGAAACCCACACGUGACAAAGCAAACGCAGCGUGGGCUUGCCUGGCCGCUGAGGAAGCCGCAGGGAGUCGUCCGCAGGCUGGUGCUCAGAGAGGGGAGGGCACGCGCCCAGAUGGCGCAGACUCUCCGUUCCACGACGCACUGCCUGCUGCGGACAGGCUCAGCGGGAAAGGACCUGACAGGGACUCACGUCCCCUGGAAGGGGGCAGCGCGGAAGCCAGAGAGCUGAUGGACGCGGGGAGCGUGCAGAAAGAAGACCGCCCUCGGACGAAGCGGGAGUCCUGCGGUGGAACGCAGCCUGACGACCGGCUGGGUUUUGUAGGCAGCUGCACCGCGGACACCUCCGCCGAACAGAGGGAAGAUGUGUCCAGAGGAUGCAGUGAAAGUGUUAAAAACGGACCAGCAAGGCCUGAUGUGUUAGAUGGCUCAUUGGAGGGCUGUCAGGAUCUCGCCAGACCUCAUGAGAAAUCAAAGAAAAGAGGGAGAGGCCAAAAGGUUGGUGUGUGAAAAUAUUAUUUUAAACUUUCCAAUGCUACUACAUCAUAGUGUUCUACUCUGGGUUAAUGUCACAUAAACUAGUCUGUCCAGCUUGUGCUUUAUUUAAACCAUUAAUUAUACAGAUGGAUGUUGGAAAACUCUGGCAGUAAAAAUGAGAGCGUUGGUUACAUUCAGGAAAGAGAGCUAAUGUUGUCGAAGAAGCUUUGCCACCACUUUGCCAAUGCAUUUCUUGCUUGUGAAAAUGCCAACAGCUUCUCUCAGGCUGAGGGUGUGGGGUGUGCCAACAAUUGAUGUUUUAUGAUGUGAAUCAACAUUCACGAGGCAGGAGGGGAAGAAUCCAAAACAGAAUUCAUUUGUGAGCUAAUCAGGGUUUGAUUGGAAGCCAUCGGAGUGAAAGGUUCUCGUUCUUUUGUGCUUCAGCUGUAGAACCCAGCUUCUGCUCUGUGUACAGCUUUCUCAUCACGCUGUUUGCUGGGAUGAAUGAUGUAAGGAGGGUUUAAAAUGUCUCGAUUCUUCAGCAUCUGCUCUUUUGGCUUAAAUUUAAAACUAGUCAGUCAUUAUCUUAUGCCUCAUGUUUAGUGAAACCUGAUUUCCACACGAUAGGAAAACUGUCCUGAUAAACAAGUAACGAAUUGAAAAGAAGCAGCGAUAGCCCAUAGCGUGCACAGAGGCAUCCCAAUAUUGAGGCCAAACACGAGGGACGAAUUCGACCCAAGGAAUAGAAACAGUGAUGUUUUCCUUAUAUUGGUAAUGGUUAAAGAAGUUUCAAACUACACAGGUUCCAUGAAAGUCUGGUAUAAGUGGUAGAAACUUUGUUUUCUUUACUGAUGCUUUCUGGUUUGUCUCAGAAAAAAAAAAAAAAAAAAAAAAAAAAAAAAAAAAAUGGACUCCCCAAACAGAAAGGAACCACACGACAGGUAGAGAGAACAAUAGACUUGUAGGGAGAGAAGUUGUCGAGGUCGUCUCGCAUGCAUGUGAGUAGUGGAUGUGACACCACACCACACAUCUGGCUCCCUGAGCUCUGGCUGUAGCCACUGUCCCUGCACCUGUUACAACUUUUUGUACCUGCCCCAACGCGUUGCCUCCCGUGACUGUGCCUUCGUAGAGAGCUGGUGGCCCUGUGGCUGCAUUUAUGUUUGUUUCCCUGCGUCCUUGUCUCCUUCCUAAUUGUGGCAGGGCCAUUAACCUUUUCCUUUUGGGGAAAAGCAUCUUUUGACGUUUAUUCAACUGAUAUUUAUUGACGCAUGCACUAGUAUUUAUGCCCUGUUCCUUCGGAAGUGUUCCAUGGCAAUCUCUGUACGCCCCUACGUUAGACCACCACACUUUAUGAUACUGGUUACCGACAUUUUACUCUUCCAUGGAUAUCUUGUUAGAGAAAGAUAACCCAUCUUUACUUGGUACCUACUCAUCUCUCUCUCUCUUUUUUUUUUUUUUUUUUAAUGUUUUUUAUUUAUUUUUGAGACAGGGAGAGACAGAGCAUGAGCAGGGGAGGGGCAGAGAGAGACGGAGACACAGAAUCCGAAGCAGACUCCAGGCUCUGAGCCGUCAGCACAGAGCCUGACCCAGGGCUUGAACUCGCAAACUGCGAGAUCAUGACCUGAGUCGAAGUUGGACGCUCAACCGACUGAGCCACCCAGGCGCCCCCCUACUCAUCUCUUACUCGGUAUUAGGCCUGCAUUUAAAAAAAAAAAAAAAAAAAACCAUAAAAGUGCCCAGUAAAUGUUGGUUACCUAUUACCAUAAUAAUACUUCACCCUGUCUGAUCCCAGGUUUCACUUCCUUAUUUGCCCACUAUGGAAGUUAAUAUUUCAGACAUCUGACCUUGCCUGGCUCCUACCUGCUGAUCACCUUACCUCGCGAAUGGGGGCUGUUGGAGAACGUGGGGUUGAGACAUGCAUGCUGGGUGGGAGCCUUGUCCCUUUGGUUCUCACAAAGCCUCUCGCUUUAAACCGCACCUGUGUGACUUCCCUCCCAGCGUUAUUGUGUGUGAGGGAUAAGUGCCACACAAGUGGCGAAUGUCAGGUGGCGUCACUGUCAUGGGUGUUAAUAAAACAAGUAAGUGGUCACAAGGGGAAACAAAAUACAGAAUGAUAUAUGCAUUUCUUCAACUGACAGGCUCAGGAACAAAAAUAGUUUAGUACGUUUACUUACGCUACUCGUUCAUGCUUGUUCCGACUUUUGUUUUGAAAAUCUUUAUUUUGGGGGCACCUGGGUGGCUCAGUCAGUUAAGCAUCUGAUUUCAACUCAGGUCAUGAUCUCACAGUCUGUGAGUUCGAGCCCCGCGUCAGGCUCUGUGCUGACAGCUCAGAGCCUGGAGCCUGCUUCGGAUUCUGUGUCUCCCUCUCUCUCUGACCCUCCCUCAUUCAUGCUCUGUCUCUCUCUGUCUCAAAAAUAAAUGUUAAAAAAGAAAAUCUUUAUUUUUUAUAUAAUUUUUUAAAAAUUUAUAUUUUGAAAAAAAAAUUAUAUUUUGGUCUUUUUUUAUUGAAGAAAAGUUGACACACAAUGUUUAUUUCCCUGAAGCAUUAGUUCCAGGUGUACCUCAUGGUGAUUUGAGACGUCUACACCUUAUGCUGUGCUCACCUAGCUACCGCCGGUCACCACACAAGAUUACUGGCUACCGUUGCUUCUAUUCCUUGAACUACACCUUUCGACCCCGUGACCUACUCCUUUCAUAAUGGGAAGCCUGUAUCUCCCACUCUCCUUCACCCAUUUUGCCUGUCUCCCACCUUCUCCCCUUUAGCAGCCACCUGUUUGUUCUCUGUAUUUAUGGGUCCGUUUCUGCUUUUGUUUGUUUAGUUAAUUUUGAUUUUUAGAUUCCACAUAUAAUUGAAAUCAUAUGGUAUUUGUCUUUGUCUGACUUAUUUCAUUUAACAUCAUACUCUUUAGAUUGAACCAUGUUGUUGCAAAUGGCAAGAUGUCAUUCUUUUUUAUGCCUGAGUAAUAUACCAUUUGUGUGUGUGUGUGUGUGUGUGUGUGUGUGUGUGUACACACAGACCAUAUCUUCUUUAUACAUUCAUCUAUCAAUGACGUUUGGAUUGCUUCCAUAAUUUGGCUAUUGUAAAUCAUGCUACAAUAAACCUAGGGAUGCAUAAAUCUUUUCAAGUUAGUGUUUCUGGGUUUUUUCUUUGGGGGGGUAAAUACUAGAUCAUAUGGUAUUUCUAUUUUUAAAAUUUUCGAGGAACCUCCAUACUGUUUUCCAUAGUGGUUGCACUAGUUUGCAUCCACUGUGCAAGAGGAUUCCUUUUUUUCUCACAUGUUUGCCAACACUUGUUGUUUCUUCUCUUUUUGAUUCUAGCCAUCUGACAGGUGUGAGGUGAUAUCUCCUUGUGGUUUUGAUUUGCAUUUCCCUGAUGAUGAGAGAUCUUGAGCAUCUUUUCAUGCAUCUGUUGGCCAUCUGUAUGUCUUUGGAGAAAUGUCUAUUCGGGUCCUCUUCUGUUUUUAAAUUAGAUUAUCAUUAUUGCUUUUUGAUGUUUAGUUGUGUAAGUUCUUUAUAUUUUUGGAUAUUAAUCCCUUAUCAGAUAUAUCAUUUGGAAAUAUCUUCUCCCAUUCAGUAGGUUGCCUUUUCACUUUGUUGAUCAAUGCCUUUGCUACAUAAAAGCUUUUUAUUUGGGUGCAGUCUCAUUAGAUUAUUUUUGCUUUUGUUUCCCUUGCCUUAGGAGACAUAUCUAAAAAAAUGUUGCCAUGGCCAGUAUCAGAGAAAUUACUGCCUAUGUUUUCUUCUAGGAGUUUUAUCAUUUCAGGUCUCACGUUUAGGUCUUUAAUCCAUUUUGAGUUUAUUUUGGUGUAUGUGUGUUAGAAGGUGGUCCAGUUUCAUUUUUUUGCAUGUAACUAUCCAGUUUUCCCAGCACCAUUUAUUGAAAAUACUGCUUUUACCUCACUGUAUAUUCUUUCCUCUUUUGUUAUAGAUUAAUUGACCUUAUAAGUGUCGGUGUAUAUCUAGGCCCCUUAUCCUUUCCUUUGGAUUUAUGUGUCUAUUUUUGUACUAGUACCAUACUGUUUUUAUUAUUAUAGUUUAGUAGUAUACCUUGAUAUUUGGGAUUGUGAUAGCUCCAACUUUGUUCUUUCUCAAGAUUGCUUUGUUUAUUUGGGGUCUUUUUUGAUUCUAUACAAAAUUUAGGAUUAUUUGUUCUACUUCUGUGAAAAAUGCUAUUGGUAUUUUGAUAGAAAUUUCAUUGUAUCUAUAUUGCUUUGGGUACUGUGGACAUUUUAACAAUAUUAAUUCUAUCCAUGAGCAUGGUAUAUUUUUCCAUUUACUUAUGUUUUCAAUUUCUUUUUUUUUUAAUUUUUUAAUGUUUAUUUUUGAGAAAAAAGAGAGCACAAGCAGGGGAGGGGCAGAGAGAGACAGAAAAACAGAAUCUCUGAGCUGUCAGCACAGAGCCCAAUGUGGAGCUUAACUCAUGAGCUGUGAGAUCAUAACCUGAGCAGAAGUCAGAUGCCCAACCGACUGAGCCACCCAGGUGCCCCGUCUUCAAUUUCUUUCAUCAGUGUUUUAUAGAUUUUGGAGUAUAGGUCUUUCACCUCCUUGGCUAAGUUUAUUCCUAGGUAUUUUAUUCUUUUUGGUGCAGUUAUAAAUGGGAUUGUUUUCUUCAUUUCUCUUUCUGAUACUUUUUAAUUAGUAUAUAGAAAUGAA